ACGUUUGACCUUGGACUGCCAAAACGGAAUUAACAAAAAGGUGUAAUAGAUAAUUCUUCCGCCCCUAAUCCCACCAUUAAAGGCAGCUCACCAAUCUCCCUCUUUCUCUCGUUUUUUUAUUUAGGGAGCUAUAGAGUGAAGCCGAUAUGUUGGGAGUUUUGAGGAGCAAAGUUGCCUGCAGAGCCAAUCAUGCUUUGGGUUUGGAGCAAGGACUUCGAGCGAUUGCAUCUAGGGCUUUUUCGUCUUCAGCAAAGGAGACGAUGACAGUUCGUGAUGCUUUAAACUCGGCCCUUGAUGAAGAGAUGUCAGCUGAUCCGAAAGUCUAUGUUAUGGGUGAAGAGGUUGGCGAGUAUCAGGGUGCAUAUAAGAUUACAAAAGGGCUUCUUGACAAGUAUGGUCCUGAGAGGGUGCUGGAUACACCCAUCACUGAGGCUGGGUUCGCUGGAAUUGGAGUUGGUUCAGCAUAUUACGGUCUAAAGCCUGUAAUUGAGUUCAUGACAUUCAACUUCUCAAUGCAGGCCAUUGAUCACAUUAUUAAUUCUGCUGCAAAAUCAAAUUACAUGUCCGCUGGUCAAAUAUCAGUGCCCAUAGUUUUCAGAGGCCCAAAUGGUGCUGCUGCUGGUGUAGGGGCUCAACAUUCUCAGUGCUAUGCAGCAUGGUUCGGUGCAAUCCCAGGUCUUAAGGUACUAACUCCUUAUUCAUCAGAAGAUGCUCGUGGUCUGCUUAAGGCUGCAAUAAGGGAUCCAGAUCCCGUUGUCUUCCUGGAAAAUGAGUUGCUGUAUGGUGAAUCAUUUCCUGUUUCGGCUGAAGUCCUCGACUCCAGUUUCUGUCUUCCUAUUGGGAAAGCCAAGAUAGAACGAGAAGGAAAGGAUGUAACUAUCACUGCUUUCUCGAAGAUGGUUGGCUAUGCUCUUCAGGCUGCUGACAUUCUUGCAAAAGACGGAAUCAGUGCCGAGGUGAUAAAUCUUCGCUCAAUCCGCCCACUUGAUAGAGCUGCGAUAAAUGCUUCGGUUAGGAAAACAAACAGGCUGGUGACUGUUGAGGAAGGAUUCCCUCAACAUGGUGUUGGUGCUGAGAUCUGCGCAUCUGUUCUUGAAGAUAGUUUUGAGUAUCUCGAUGCAGCUGUUGAGAGGAUUUCAGGGGCUGAUGUUCCUAUGCCAUAUGCUGCAAAUCUUGAGAGGAUGGCUGUCCCACAGGUCGAGGACAUUGUCCGUGCAGCAAAGAGGGCUUGUUACAGAUCAACUGCUUUGGCCGCAACGGCUUAGAGGAUGGGAUCACCGGAGCGCUUCACUCUACAUUACAUUUUUUACAUACGUUUCCCUCCCUUGCCUGGAAUAAGUUCAUGUAAUUCACAAUACCGUAGAGGCUUAACAAGUCUACGUUGAAAGCCUCGUUGUUGAGGAGCUUCGUAUGCUUUAUUUUGUGACAAUUUCUUGAUACUCAGCCAAACAGGGAAAGUAAAUGAGCAAAUUCAGUCUUCUGCUAAA